AUGUAUUUUUUUAAUUCAGAGUGCCAGCUCCUCAGAUGGUGAGAAUAACUUCUAAAUAUAAGAGAUCAUCGUCUGACAGACGUUCUGAAAACCGAAAUCCGAAAGAGAGAAGAAAAUCUUUAGAUCCAGUUCCUCCCACUCAACUUCAAACAAAUUCGAUCAAGGAUAAUCCAGUUAACUCAGUCGAUAUUCUGGAAAGGGUGAAGGAUGAACCAUCGGAGGACAUGGAGAAUAUUCAAGAGAUGGUUGUUGUUAAAGCCGACCCAGCCGAUUUUCAUAGUAUUACAGAUGACGUGGACGACAAACAGGAUUUACCUCCCUUAACGGUCAGGAAUGAUCUUCUGCUUCAGAAUUCACAAACCAACGUUACUCCGUCAAUAUUUGGAGAAACCGGAAGAUGUCACUUCUGUGCACAACAUUGUGGAAGCAAGUAUGAGCUUACAGAGCACCUGAAAAGCGUGCACAUGCCCUUGAGACAUGCACUUUGUGAGAACUGUGAAAAUUUCUUUCAUGUUUGCGCAAUUCAGCGGCACAAGCUAAAAUGUCAAGCAAGAUAUCAAAGUGAUACCUAAUCUUUGUAAUAUAAUUCCUAAUAUAUAUAGAUACAGCUUGAGCUAGCAAAUACACUUCUGUUAAUAUUUAGGAAAAUAUGAAUUUCAG